AUGGGAAGGAGCGUCCUGAACGAUUGGAAAUCAUGCCUGAACCUUCCUCAACCUCCCGAUGAUACCGAUAUAUUCCAUCCCAACGUCCUUUCUGUCAACAGCACCCAUCCGACCAAUUGGCCGGGUGGUUUACACUCUGACGCAGAGAAGGGCGUGUACUCGAGAUCCCAUAUACCUCUCAGCGGGUAUCAGAAGGAAAAGCCAUCCAUCAUCACGUCUGCGAAUACUUUUGCUCAUAUUCCCUCGAAAGGUCAAAACCUCAAUGUUAUACAUCCAUUUAUUGUACGCUUACAGAAUCAGCUUAUCGGGAAUACAUACUUUGAGAUAAGCGUCAAAUAUAUACUUCAUCACGAUGCGGAUAGUCAGAUACUCGCCCGGUCUCCAGAGCCUUGUAUCAGCAAGGCCCCGACUGACUCCCGGGCUUCCUCCCGCGCGAGUGAAAUGUGUGCCAACGGCACUGACGAGGGUGCCGUUUCUACCUCAAUUUUGAUGGAGACGAAGGAUCAUAGUGAUAACCGAGGAAGGAGCCUAACCAACGACGGACCCAAUGCCAGGACCAGUCUAGGUGAACCUGUCAAUUUCAGCCUCCACUUUGUCACAUCGUUCCAACACAGACUCUACUUUUGCCUCGGACGUUUCGCCUCUCGCGGAACGUCAUCAUCUAACCGGCCCACUUUCAUCCCAGAACAAUGCUCAAUGUUCACCAUUCCCGUCUCUCCGGUCUUGGCGGUGGGGAGGGGCGUGGUUGUAGACAACGCCGCACCUUUUUUGGGAACAUAUCGCUUCGAUGAAGCUUCCACGCCGAAUGAGGAUGGCCCUCGCGGAGAGAGAGAACGCCAAGGCAAGCAAACCAGCCGCCCGACACUUCGAGUACUGAACGCUUUGGAGAUGGAGUCUUCCGCUCCAACGGCCACCAGCCCAGAUCAGCCUCUGACCCCGAAACCGCAUGUUGGUUGCAAGAUAUUAGCUGUAGAUACGCAGCCCUGCCGUAGUCGAGAGCAAAAAUGCAGCGGGUCACCAUCUUCACCAACUAAUACUCCAUUCGCCCCUGCAGGUCCACGAGGCCAUACAGAGAGGCAAGAAAGGAGCCAGGAUAUUGAAAUGGGAAAGGAAGGGGGGAACAAGGAGACCGUCGUCAAAGAAAGGGACGCUGCAGAUCCGAGUGCGACUGGCAAACUUGGAGAAUAUGCACCACACAGUGAAGAAUCCGCCCUUCAACCCGCCGUUGCGUUUCUGUAUAGCAAUACGCAAUUCUCCAAGACAACAAUCAAGGGCGUGGAGUUAUACUUCCCUACACACUCUCUUGCCAACAAGCCUCGCUCGGAUACUGGAGAAAUCACCAACAUGACGGUCCCAACUGUCUGGUUCACCUCAGUCCCAGGUUGUUUGAUAGGGGCAGAGCCGAGGCUGACAUCCCAUCUACGCCACCAUCUCCAACAUUCUUCAUCACCACCGCCAUCUUGCAUCGAUUCUACUAACAUUUUCGUCACCCACGCCACCCCCAGCUUCCGCCGCAGAAAGAAUCCUUCAUCCCUUACGGCCGCUUGGUUUUGCUGCGCCCGUAUCUUUGGCCGGAGAUCAUCAUGUGGUCGACCUAUACAUAGCCUUCAAAUGUACAUCGGACUUUACGCAUCACAGCCUCGUCAACUCACCCCGGUCAGGAUCGAUACAUCUGAGCUCGCAAACACGCGUACGUACAUUCGCCCUACCAACAAUGGGCAGAGGAGACAAAGCAGGCUGAGAUACAGACAGACCGCCCAAACCACCCCCAAGUUCCAAAGAUGCGCUUGCCAAUGUUGGAUGAGGAAUUCCAAGCAAGUCCAAAUUCCAUGUCAAUGGGCAAUGUUUGUGGGAUUCGACAAUAGACGGGAGAAGGACAAUGGUAACAACGGUCCAACGCUCAGAGACUACGAAACCCCCCACAAAGGUGCGAAUUCCGUCAAGAACAAGAUCCGAUGGCCCGUUUCCGCUGCCUUGUGCAAACCAAAUAAUGGGUUUCCAGAGCUCUGGAACGGGAUGAUGGAAGGGACGCACAAACUGCUCAUCCCAGGUUCGGAGGAUAACGUUGGAUUAUUUUUGAACUCGUGGUUUUGA